UUCCAGCCAGGAUGCCCCCUCAAUCAGGAGCCAGUGCAGGGAAGCCAGAGAUUGAGUCAGGGGUCCCACGGCUCUUCACCUGGGAGGAGGUGGGGCUCCGCACAGGCAAUGGAGGCUUGAAGGAAGAGAGAUGGCUGGUAAUCAACCGAAAAGUCUAUGAUGUCAGUCAGUUCUAUUUGCAGCAUCCAGGUGGGCCUCGCCUCAUCAGACACUAUUCUGGACAAGAUGCCACGGAUGCCUUUGCAGCUUUCCACAAAGAUGAGGAUCUGGUAAAGAAAUAUUUGAAUUCCCUCCUAAUUGGAGAGCUUGCCCCAGAUCAACCGUGCUGUGAGCCCACCAAAAAUGAAAUGCUGGUAAAGGAUUUUCAUGAACUGCGUGCAACAGUGGAGAAGAUGGGGCUCUUGAAGUCAAGAUUCAGCUUUUUUGUUUUCAUGUUUCUGCAUGCUUUCCUACUGGACAUUACAUCUUGGUUUACUAUCUGGUAUUUUGGAAAAUCCUGGAUGCCUUUCCUUCUUGGAGUAGCAAUUUUCACCAUUGGACAGAUACAAUAUGGUUUUCUCCAGCAUGAUCUUGGCCAUGUGUCAGUCUUUGAAAAGCUCAAGUGGAACAGAGUAGCUCACUAUGUGGUGCUUGGCAUUCUUAAGGGAGGACCAGUGAGUCAAUGGAACCACAUGCAUAACCAGCAUCACGCCAAACCCAAUUGCUUCCGCAAGGACCCUGAUCUCAACACGCACCCAUUCCUUUUCAGCCUGGGGAAGAAACUUUCUUUGGAGCUGGGAAGGAAGAAAAAGAAGUAUAUGCCUUACCAGUACCAACAUAAUUACUUUGCCUUUUUUGCACCAUUGUUAUUUACGGUUGGCGUCCAAGUGGUUACCUAUCGCUAUAUAUUUCAAAGAAAAAAAUGGUUGGAGCUGUUUACCAGUCUUUUCUAUAACUUCCGUGUCUGCCUCAUGUAUGUUCCUUUAAUGGGAUUUAAGAGCUUUAUGGUUUACUUCUGGUUAUCCAGGUAUUUAGAAUAUGCAUGGUUUGUCUGGAUCUCACAGAUGAACCACAUUCCAAUGAAUAUUGACUAUGAUCAGAAUUUAGAUUGGUUCUCUGCACAGCUCUCAGCAACAUGUAAUGUGGAUCAAUCUCUAUUCAAUGACUGGUACACUGGGCACUUAAAUUUCCAGAUUGAACAUCAUCUUUUCCCAACCAUGCCUCGUCACAAUUAUUACAAGGUGGCUCCCCUGGUGAAAUCCCUGUGUGCCAAGCAUAACAUUAAGUAUGAGUGCAAGCCCAUGAUCACUGCUUUUGCAGAUAUAUGGCGCUCCCUGAAGGAAUCAGGAAAGGUUUGGCACAAUGCUUAUUACCAGGAAUAAAAUAAAUACCAGCGAGGAAUUGGGAUGGCUCCAUUGUUAUGAACACCUGCUGUUCUCUCUUAGCCUUUGUGAUUUUAAAAUAAUUUUA